UUACAUUGAACAUUAUUAUUGAACAUUGUAUUAUUUAACUACAUAAUAAAUGCAAUUAAAUUCCACUGUACAAUUGUUCUACAGAAAAACUUGGUACAUACAUGCAAGAAAUAUAUGCAGUACGUGUAUGGAAUUGAUAAUCAUGUAUGCCAUUCGUAAAAAAAUGUUAUCGGCGCAUGCCAGACAAACACUGUACAACUUAAUUCGCGGUACUCGAAGAUAAUUGUAAAAUAUCGAAAGCCGAAUCGAUGACGCGUUGAAUGAUCGUGGAAAGGAAGUCCCCGGAUAAGAGCGCGAAACUUAUCGAGCGAAGGCGGUAUAUAGAGAGCGCAACGUCGACGAGCUCGCGAUAGUCGUUCCUGACCGUGGUAAUCGGCAAGAAACGCGGCCGAGAACUCUAAAAACGGUCUAGCAGCUGCAAGGUCUCGGGAAGUCCCGAAAGCGACGAGGCCGGCAGGCAACGUUCGUUCGUUCAGCGGCGAGUCCACUCGAACAAUCGCGACCACGGCCACGGCGUCGCGACGCUCUUGCUUCCAGCCAUAUCCGAGCGUUCGUCAAAGAAGGUCUUCCUCCGCGAUCUUUUAUUCCUUUCAAAAUUUUCUUCCUCCGUAAAGGAAGGGACGAUUAUCGAUUCGUCGUGCAAUCUAUUCGAGGAGAAAACCGGGUUCCAUGUAUCGAACUUUGUGUAGUUGAAUAGAACCGGAGAAUCGUUGGAUAAUAGCGUAAGAAGAGAGAAGUUGAACCCAGGAUUUUGUUUGUCGAAAAACGUAGAGAACGUUAGAGAUAUCGAUCUCUAUAAUAGAACGCGGCUCUUCUGAAUUGUAACGAGUGAAAGAAGACAGAAGACGUUCAAGUGAAAUACGUAGCUCUUGUUAGAGGAGUCAUUUUUAUUUUAUAGGAAUAUCAAGCAAUUGAAGGAGGAAAAGCUUGAGAAAUACCAAAGCUGAGGGGAUACCCCUUUCAAAACAAUCGAAGAAUCUUACUCGGAAUCACCGUGAUUAGCAAUUAUUGUCAAAGAAAUACUUGGAAGACCGUAAUCGAUAAAUCGUUCAAUCACCGUCUAUCUCCGAUCUAACGAGACACUUGUUUAUUAAACGAUUCUAAAUCACCUGCAGAAUCGUUAGGAGAGAUACGAUCUUCCAUCGAUUAUCGAAAUGUGCGAACAGGAGGUGAAAAAGAUCUGCGGAGACGGUCUCUCGUUAAAAAUGCAUUCGAAUAAAGAAAUCCUGGAGAUCACCGGGGACGGGUGCAGUAUCAGCAUGGCGAAAAAUUGCGGGAGCGUGAAGAUCAUAGGCGACGGAUGCCGAUUGAGGAUCGAUCACAACGUGGGCGACGUGGAGUACACCGGCGACGGUGGCUGGGUGCUGCUGGGCGCGAAAUCCGACAAGAAUAAAGUGAAGUACACCGGCGAUGGCGGUAAAAUCAGUGUACAGGGCGACAGGGAAUCCAGGAAGAACCGGAAACAACCUUGCGAAGAUGAAAAGAAUACGGAGAGAGAGGAGAGGUCCAAGGAGAAGACGGAAAACAUUCUGAACAGCAGGAAGGAGAAGAAAGAGGCGGGAAGAAAGGAGAAGAAGGUUGUUAGGAUCGUUACGACGUUUCAGUUCAACGAAAAGAUUGCGGAAAAGUGUUUCACGAAUUCGGACAGGGUGAGGUGUUUCGACGGGGCUUCCUUCGUCGAGAUCGUGCCGAAGCAGACCAAAACGAUCAUCGAGGUUAAAUGAGAGGAAAUUUUUCAACGUGAUUUCGAUGGUUCUUGGAAUUUUUCGAAUAGGGGACAAUUCGGGGUAAAAAUGAAAAAUUAAAGAAUUUCAUGAUUUUUAAUAACAUUUUAGAGUAAUUGUUUUAGAGUCUGAUUCUUCUAUCAAUUUAGAGCGGGAAAUUCAAAAUAGGAAGCGUCAACUUGCAGCAAGUAUUAAAGUUCAAAUUUUCGAGUCACUGUAGAGUCUGAUCCUUCGAUGAAUUUAGAGCGGGAAAUCGGAAGAAUGAACUUGUAACGAGUAUUAAACAUUUUAGCCACUGUCGUGUCUGAUCUAAAGUUCCUAUACGCAAGACUAUUACAAGCCAUGAAACACGUGUUUCCGUAAAUAUUUCAAUAACGACUUUCUAACAAGUUUUCGUACACAACUCAGGGAUUAAAGAAAAAUGUUGCAUUUUUUGUUGCAACAGUUCGGAAUUUGAAAUUAUUUAUCUAGCGCUUUUAAAGGAAACACGUGUCGAGUAAUGAACUUGCGCGUUAGAUAUCUUAUUCAAUGUUGUAUUUUCUAGUUAAGUUAAAAGUUCGCCGAUAAGCCAUAUUUAUUUCUAAUUACCGAACACACGACAUUAGUAUUCUUUUCCCACAUAAUUAUUGUUAUUAGAGAAUGCCGUUUUAGUUAGUAUUCUUUAUGCUUCUAAGUAUUUCAUUCGUACUUUCAUUUAUUUAUUUCAUCACGAUUGUUAGCGACGGUAUUUCGCUAAGCAUUCAUUUUAUGAAGUUUCAAUAAAAGGAUACAAUAAAAAGUUUCGAAAUAAAUAUUGGAAAUAUUGAAUAAUAUUUAGAUAUUGUUAGAAGUUAUUCAGAUAACCUAGAACUUCGACAACCUUCGAAUUCUUUACCCUGGAAUAUCGCUCCACGUGCGCGAGUGUACAAAUCGAAACACGUGACUCGUCAACGACAAAGUAUUACGAGAAAUUCAUUAACAUAAUUGCGUAAUUAAACUCGGGUUAAAGUAACGAAUUAUUAUCGUCGAGGUAACAUUCAAUUUCUGCGUUGUUCACUCGGUUUUAAUCUACAUCGCUGAUCAAUCGAAUCAAAUUAGUUGCAUGGAAAUAAAUGUCGAUAAAAGUCAUUAUUUAUUAAAUACGUUUCUGAACGAGUCUACGUGUGCGUAAGUUAAAAUGUUUCAAAUCAACAAUGGUAGACUUUCGAAUAAAUAAUAGUACUAUUGAUUCGAUGUAAUUAAGGCGCGUUUAGUCAAUUUUCUAUUAUUCAGACUGUUAUUCGGUACUGUUAUUUAGAAUAAAUUCUGAAUAAAUAACAGUAGAAUCGUUUUGAUGCAAUAAAGAUGACUAAAAUGAAAGAGAUUAGCCUGAAAACCAGACUGAUAAAUUCUAUCGAAGAAAGAAAAGCAUCGAUAAACACAUUUCGUAAAUACGAUAAGUUCAAGAGCAGCUCGAUGCUUCGUUGCAAGGCUAAGUAGAUGCACUGGUUAAUUGCAGAAACAAAUUCCGUUAUACUUUCGACGGAGUCGAUAAAAAUACGAGUAUAAUUCAUACGCGACAGAUACGUAUAACAUUCUCCAUAGAAACCGUGCGUGAUCGAUACGAGGAACGCAUCUCGUCCAUAAAUCGUCUCGAAACAUUCGAUAUCCGCGAACUAGUCGGCCGGCUCCGAACAUGCGAUAUAGUCGAUCCGGAGGUUUUUCUUCCAAGUAGGUCGCGUAUGUAUUCGAUGUUCUACUUUGUAAUCGAUACACGGAAUUACUUUCUUUGGAAAUUUCGAUUAAUUCGCGUUAGCAAAUUCGGAUCGCUUGGGGACAAGAGAGAUACUAAUAAAGAGAGAUAUUAAUAAUUUACGGAGAUAUAAUUUGUCAGUGGGGAUACAUUUUCGAUGCGGAUCGAAUACUUCGCUACUUGUACCCGAAAGCAGACGCGCAUAAGGUAUGGUUAGUACAGGUACUGCAUCAAUGUAGUUGCACAAAUGUCUCCCACAAAGAAAGUUACAUUUUCAAUGUCGAUCAAGUAUUUACUCAUUGAUAUUCAAAGGCAAAAACAGAGAAGUAUAGUUAGUAGCAAGCCUCUGAAAGAUGUUCGAUAAGAAUAAAUGCGUAGAGAUAAUAAGAAAAGUUUUAUUGGCAAAAUUCGUAGAAGCCGAUCGCUUCCGUUGGCAGGAGGACCUUACAUGGUGUUGGUCGCGCAAGGGGACGGAUACGUUCGUUCCUUCAUUAAUUCAAAGAGCCGCGUGUUGAAUCAAGGGCCAAGCCGUGCCAUUCAGCGCUUUUAUCCGGCUCUGACCCAGCUUUUCGCCGGCGCAAAGGUCGCCAGUCGUAAUGGAGGUCAACCGGGGAUCGUUAGCUAAGUUUCUUGCUCGAGGAA